CUGGCCUUGUGCAAAAUCUCUCUGCUGGUGAGCUGGGUGCUCCCGCUGCAUUCCUAAAAGCUCCAUUUAUUUCUCUGCUUGGUGAUGUGUCUGCUGGAGACCUCGGUGGUCCCUCUCUGUGGUGGAGGAGGAGGAUCAGGUCCAUGGUCAUCGUCUCUGCCAGGUAGAGCGCGGAUGAUGGAAGCGCUGUCACUGUUGACCCUGCUGGGGACGCAGAGGCGCCCUUCUGGACACAGAGGGCGCUGCUGAGGCGAUGCUGGACGUGAAAGAGAGACCGGAGGGCGGCGUCUGUUUUGCCUCCUGUCUCCCUGUUUGCGAGGACACAUUUUCCUCCCCUGUCAGGAGUGGACAGUUGUUGGGUUGGUUCUGGAUGUGCCGGAUGUACUUCCCUGCCCGUGCUGAGUGGCGGUUCUCGUGCGAGUGCUGGUGCUGUUUUGCACCACCUGCAGGGGAGUCUGAGGAGUGGGCUGCUGCAGGGUCGGCGGCGUCUGCACUGGAGCGCAGUUGACUGAGGCGCCUGACAGAGGCGCACCGCCGUGGUUUUGGGUGCCAUCCUGGCAGGCGAAAGCGGAUGGAGUGACUGCCGGAUCUUCAACUCUCUGGAAACUUGGCUGUCGUCCGCACCACUGUGCCUCAAAGUCUCUGGCAGCCUUUAGCAUUUCCCGCAGUGACCCUGGGCUGGACAUUUGGAGUGCGGUGACGAUGUCCUGUUUCAGACCCCUCAGAAACUGAUACUGCAUCUCCCGCUCCAGGCGCUCAAAGUUGAUUCGAAGCUCUGCGUAGGGGACGGCUUGCUCGUACCUCUCAGCCAGUUUCUGCUCCAACAUGUUGAGAGUGAGACCCUCCACUUCGAGCUUGUGAGCGAAUUCGAAGGCAUCCCCGGAAAGGUUGAUGAUGGCAAGAUGGACCAGAUCGGGCUCGGUGACUUAGGGGGCAGUGAUAUGCUGCUCUCCUUACGCUCUGGAUGAACUGGGACAGUGAAGUGCCUUGGUUGCCCCCGUACUGCUCGAUCUGCGGCGUUCCGUGGUGUCGGGAGAGCACGUGAAUUGCUGGACUUGGCGGUUGCCCUGCGGCGAAGAUGGCGGCGGCGGCCGCCCCACGUUGGUCAUUCAGGGUGACGAGGAAUUGGUCGAAGUCGAUGUGGAGCAAGCUCAUCUUGUUGGUGAGUGUGCAGGUGCGCGCGAGAAUAGCCACAAAAGAUAAAAGAGGUGAGAUUUACCCAAGUGCAAUAAAAUGCUCUCAAUCAGAGCUCAGAAUUUAAAUUUUAUUUUUAAUUCGGUGUGAUUUCCUUCAAUACUCGCGAAAAAAAUAGAAAAAAAAUGCAACUUGGUUAAAGUCUCAAGCAAAAGGGGCACUUAACUUAACAGCUCUGGCAAGUCAGCUCGGCAGGUGCCUCCAGGGUAGCAACGGCGUCCCGUCCUAAGGGUGAGAGCAAACGGCUGACUUCAGAUGCGGAACCAGCGUCCGGAACGGGAUGAGGUCGGAUGGAGCUUUUGGUACGGACGAGUCCUUCUGCGCAGUGGGACGUUCCUCUUGGGGCACAAUUCAGUACCCCACACACCUGACACCAAUUCUGUCGUGACACUCGGCCACUGAGCGCCACGACAGAGAGAUUUCUGCUUUCUUUCUCUCUGCCGUAUUCCCUUAGACUCGGGGUCGCGGUAAUUAAUAAAAGCACGGGUGGUUACUUUUAAGUGUAGGAUUAAAUCUAUUGUAAUUUAAACUGGCAAGUACAACUUGGCGAUCGGAAUAAACUGCGAGGCGCAAUUAAAGUUAACUGGGAUACAAAUAAUGGACAGAGCAAUACCCCCCCAAUUAUGAAGCGCGCGGCGCACACACGGGUGUGUUUGCCGGCCGGUGGCUCGCGAGCGUCUCCUCCUUCUCUUGCGGGCGGGUUGCUGCUGCUGCGUGCUGUCGUUCAGGGUGCCACCUUCAGGGCGCGAAAAGUAAUUGCUCUGUGAGGGAACCCAAAAGGCGGCAAUGGCACAUUUAAAAUUUAAACCUUCGAAUCGUGGCAACGGCCUGUUCCACCAACGACCCAGAACUAAGAGAAUAACUUGAUUGAACGCGGGUCUCCUCCUUUGUUCAAUCGUAUUCUCCCAGUCACUCUUUUCAACAAUUUCCUUCUUCUCUGAUCAACUACUUGCUUUUCUUCUCUUAAACUAUUUCUCUCUCUCUACUCUACCUAAUCUUAAACUAAAUCCCACGGGAAACUCCCAACUCACGAACGAAAACCACAAAGAAUUACAAUUUAAACUGAACCUCUAUUUAUUCUACUUGCUAACUUCACGGUACUUUACACUUGAAACGGCCAACAGCGCCUCUACCGGCAAAGGGAGGAAGGGAAACAAACUAACUCGAUGGGAGGAAUCGGGCCUCGGUUACCGCCGCCGCCGACAGGGCGCGCUCGGUUCACCGGCUUACACAAAACUCGCAACUUCCACUAAUCUGACAAAAAUAUGCAAAUUAGCGGCGAAAACAAUUCAACCGCUAAUUAUUCCGACAAUUUCCACGCAAAACUAAACAAUUUCGGGACUUACAACUCAAAAAUCGGCGGGGUUCAGCACCACGUGCGGCCGACGUAACUUCUUAAACCGGGCAAAAUUAACUAAAAAUCCAAUAAACUCACCAAAUAAACGCCUAACCAACACCAGACCAACUCAGGGAACAAUUCACACUACCAGAGAACUCGCAAAUCUAGGCCGAAAUUCGUCCGAAACCCGUCGGCAGCCAAGAGCUCGCGGCGCGCAGCUCUUGCUCCUUCAGCGUCUCAGCACGAACUCUCUCGCUCAACUCCCCAGCGCCAAUGAGAGAACGCAUCGGUCUGCUUCUACUCGCUUCCAGAAGGUUCCGGCCAAUCAGAUCGCGAGUUCUCAAAUCGGGCCUUAUAUGGUCAUUUUCUCCGGGGAUUACCCAAACAUGGACGGCGGAGAUGACGAGAAACGACAAAAUGGGUUUAAAUGACUUGAGCGGGCAAUAAAACUCAAACCUGAUGAUUUAUUCGGGUCGGGACUGGGACGAGUUGGCCGGCGGCGAAUAAAAAGUGAGUCUAUUUGCUUUCUUUCUUCUUUCCGGCGACAGCAAAAACACGAGGCGGUUUGUUUACUUUCUGAUCGUUCCAAUGUUGACCGGUAGAUGGCCACGAUCCGCCACUCACCGAGAAAGCUCGGCGCACAAUCGCGGGCUAUCUAAGCGGGCUCUCUCUGGUUCACCUUUAUUCAAAGGUUGUGGACAGUAGUUCCACAACAAGGGAAAAUGUUGGAUUCGGAUCGCCGUAGUCCGUAGUCAUACUUCAUGUUACUUGGUCUAGGAGUCUGGGUCUCCGAUGUUCGACUCCAAAAAAAAAAAACAGUCAAGUUCAAAGGGCGCAUGAAGAUCGAUAUGGAAUUCAAACCCCAAACGUAAUCAAUCAGAAACUUUAGAAACUUUUAUCAAACAUUAAACCAUGAAUGUCAAUCAUACAAAAUGUUCCCCCACCCAAAAUUAAAAUAAAAAAAUAAUAAUUUCACCUAUUUCACCUUUUCACACUAAUCGCCUGGCUCUGGCGUGCGGUCGGACAUUUCCAAACUCUGCCUGCACGUCUCCCUUCAUCGUGAAGAAGGGGCCGACCUUCACGCUGUCGAUGUCGAUCACCCCCUUUGCAUGCAUCUGCGUCCGAUCCUGAAAUCUGUGAAACACAGAGUUGAAUAAUACAACUAUGUGUGUAUAAUACAGAGUUGAAUAAUAGAACUCUGUGUGUGUGAAGUGAGUGACUGCAAGGAGUUAGUCGUCGCGCCACUAGAUGGCGGCGCAGUUCUCACUCACUCUCGUCCGUUGUGAUGAUUGGCUGAAUGGCUGGUAGACCCUCUCUGACCAAUCUCUGACCCUUGUCUCUGACCUUCUCUUACAAGGAGUCGCAAGGAGUUCUCUUAUAUUAAAUUUGUUUGUUUACCUAUUGGUUUACCUUUACCUCUUGCUUCCCUUCAAUUUUUUUUUAUAUUUCUGCAAUUUCGCUAUUUGUCAGUUGUCAUAGCGUUUGAUUUCAGUUUUCUAAUCGAUUUUCGGCUAUUUCAAAAGUUGUGACGGCUGAUUAUGGAUCCACUUAAAACUUCCACUGCAUAAUUUACAUAGCCGUUACCACCGCGACCGCAAGUCUCGAAAGUUUCACACCAUGUAAGAAAGUUUUGGUCCUGAAAUAACAGCAAUGGACGAAGCCGGUCCGUCAAACGCAGCACGCCUUGCAACUACAGGGGAGCAACAACAACCACCUGUGGAAGACACUGGCCCGUUGCAGUUGUAUUCGUCUAAGUCCAACCUGAACAAUGAAGGUUUUUGCAGCGAGACUGGUCAACACUGGGUUUACCCUGUGAACUACCCUGAACGGAAGUACCAGCUGGACAUUGUCCGGACAGCGCUUUUCCAGAACACCCUAGUCUGUAUUCCUACAGGUCUUGGAAAGACGUUUAUCGCAGCAGUGGUUAUGUUUAACUACUACAGGUGGUUUCCGAACAAGAAAAUUUUGUUUUUGGCUCCGACUAAGCCUUUAGUGGCCCAGCAAGUGUCCGCCUGCUACAACAUUGUAGGCUUUCCCAAGCUGACGUCUGACAUGACUGAAAUGACAGGUUCAACCAUGCUACAAAGCAAGAGGCAGGAGGAGUGGAACACAAAGAAGGUUUUCUUUGCCACUCCGCAGGUGGUGGCCAACGACCUGGUCGCCGGCAUUUGUCCUGCUAAGGAGGUCUGUUGCAUUGUGUUCGACGAAGCGCACAAGGCCAAGGGCAACCAGUCGUACUGCGUAGUCAUGCAGACCAUGCGUUCCUACAACAUUCAAUUCAGGGUGCUCGCCCUCUCCGCCACUCCCGGUUCAGACAGAGAAUCCAUAUCGGAAGUGUUGAAAAACUUGAACAUCUCCAAGUUGAAGUUGCUGACGGAUGAAAGUCCUGAAGUAAAACAGUAUUCCCACAAGAAGGAUAUCGAAGUCAUCAAAGUCAGUCCUGGCAGGGAGUUGAAGGAAGUCAGUGGAAGACUCUUGGACAUUUUGAGUCGUUAUCUGGUCAAAUUUAUGCAGAAAGGAGUUGUGCCAAGAUCUUACAACAUUUCUAACUUGAGUGCAUUUCAGUUGAAAACAUUCUGCGACAAGUUGAACACAACACCCUUGCCUGGAGUCGGUGCGAUGGAGUUGAAUGACCUCCGUCACCAAGGUCAGGUCGCUAUGAACCUGAGUAAAGCCUAUGAGAUGCUUGUCAGCUACGGCAAAGGCGCCUUCCUUAACCACAUUGCUCAAACUAAAGCUGAAAACCAAAAUAGGCUUCUGGUUUAUACCCUUACUCAUGACGAAGACAUUGUAGGAUUAACUAAAGAUAUUGAGUCAGCCCAAUUUGGUCAUCCUAAGAUGCAAAAGCUGGAAGAACUUCUACUGACCCAUUUUCUGGAAGCCGAAGACAAAUGCAUUGACACCAAAGUGAUCAUUUUUACUGAGUACCGGCAAUCUGUUGUGGAAAUCACAGAAUUUCUAAGCAAACAUAGCCCGCUUAUCAGACCUGUGACUUUCGUCGGCCAGUCUAAGAAAGGAGGCACAGGGUUGAGACAGGACGAGCAGAAGAAGGUCAUGAAGGACUUCCACAAGAACGUCUUCAACACUCUAGUGUCAACCUGUGUUGGAGAGGAGGGUCUAGACAUUGGAGAAGUAGACCUGAUCAUUUGCUACGACGCCAGCAGGUCUCCUAUCAGGAUUGUCCAAAGAAUAGGCAGGACUGGACGCAAGAGGGAUGGAAAGGUCAUCACCAUUCUAACUGAGGGCAAAGAAUAUCAGAAAUACACCUCAAGCAUGAAGCAGAAUGUAACUGUGAACAAAAACAUGUGCAACUGGAAUGUGAUUCCGAUUAUGAAUCAACUGAACAGUCCACGAAUGGUUCCUCAAGGUGUACAUCCAGAAUUAUUUCGAAAAAUUCUAGUCACUCCAAAAGAAACGUUGAGUCCCUUCUGCAAAAUCAAGCCUCACAGGAAGUUUCCCACUGGUGCUGAAACUACUACCCUCCCUUCAGCUGCCAAUGUUUUCUCUUCAAUGAAUUCAACCUUUAGUAAAUGGCACGAGCCGAUUCCUGAAUUCAGCUAUCUUGAUUCUUUGAAGGACCAAAGCCUUUUAGCACUUCAGAAUUAUGAUGAAAUGAAAAACCAUGUGGAGGAAUUUGAAGAGAGGUCGUCUAAUAAGUAUGAUUUUAUGCUGUGGAAGGAGUGGUGUUCAAGCUUGCAGGGCUCCUCAAACACUCUGCACUCCCAGGAUUCAAGAGACAUAGUGAGCCUGAUGCAGUUAGCUGACGGCUUGAACCAAGUUGACAAUGCACCUCUUACUCAAACGGCUGUGAUUGCAAAUGAGGUAUCGGCAGACGUGUCUUUCUGGUCAACAAAACUCGGGAGUGAAGUUGGAGGCAAAAAAGUGGGAAAGGCGCAGAACAGGCCUUCGACCACAUCCAACCAUGCAAGGGUCACAAAGCCGUUGGAGAAGAAGAAAGUCAAGAAACCAAAGUUGUUGCCUGAAGCCCCUUUGUUUCCCAAAGAGGAAUUUGAGGAUAUAAUUCCAAUUUUUCAACUCCCUAAACCAAAGGAAAAGAAGCGGUCGGUCCACGAAGAAAUUGACCUCUUCAUCUCGAAUUUAGCCCUUCUUUGCAAAAUUCGGAACGAGUCAGUUGACAAAGACCCCAUCAUGAAGGUUCUUGACUCGGUUAGUCUAAUUUCCCACACUGUGCAAGUGGAGGAAAAGCCAGACCUAGAUUUUGAGCCUCCUGACAUUUCGAUUCUGGACCACAUUUUUGCAGACCUCAGAAAGUCCAAAAAAACUUACAAUGUGGUUGUGAGAGAAACGGAAGUAACUGUAAAGUCCCCAAGAAAAACUCCUUUUGUAAAAAAACUGCGAAUGCCGACCACUCCUCUGAAGAAGACUAAAAUUAACGCUCUUGCUGAAAAUAUCAACACAAUAUUCAAAGAUGAGACUGUGAACAAACCCGAGUUUAAUUUCGACUUGGAUAUAAUGAGUGCACCUUCACCAGCUUCAGAAGUUGCCGUUGCUGAAAAUUUGCACCCUGCUGUUGAAAACUCUUCUCAGGAAACUUGCCUGUCGGAUGAGUUGCUCUGCGCGCUGGCUGCUGAACUGGAGGUUGGGGAACUGGGACAAAUAACGAGCACCCCUAAGGCAAGCAAAGUAAAAUCCAAGCCGGGUGUAAAACAAGAGGAUGGAGUUGUGGUGUCCGCGAAAAGAGAAGAAAAUGUCAAGCCAGUCCUUGAACGAAAAUCCAUUCUAUGUAAAGAGGUUCUGCCAACUCUGAAGGAGGAGGAUAAGGACUCUCUUGAAGCAUUGGAUGAAGAUUUUCUGGAGCAGGUCGAUGCCAUUGAAAAGCAGCAGACUCAGUUUAUUCCUACUCCGGCCAAAGGAAACAAUUUGGCAGCGCCUCCAGGGGACUCUGAUGAUGAGCCUAUCAUUAUUGAGACAAUGACAUCCACAAUUAGUAACGAGCCAAGACUGUCCACCAGCAAACGACCAUUGUCGGACACACCUCAGGAAAUUCUGAUUUCAAUCCAAGGCCCAGCAAAAGACCAAAAAAGAAGAAGCAAAGGAAUCCAUUUGCCCUGACACAAGCAAGUCUUUCUGGAAAUGACUCAUCAGACGAAGAGGAUUGCACGCAAAUGAACCAGUACGACCAAAGCUUCAUUGAUGACCACCCUAGCACCCUAGUUGACAUAGACAUGCAUGCAGAGUAUUUGAAGUCUGUGAGAAGUCCUGUCAUUAAGAAGGGGUUCAAAAUUCCUGAACUUCUGGCAAAGCACAAAUGUGUGCCUGAUUUGAGCAAAGCAACACAGGAUACUUACUUAGAG